CAUCCAGAAAUGGAAGGGAGGAAAUGCAGAGGAAACGGGAAUACGUCCAACUGCGUCUCCUCCGGGCCAGUCUCCAACACGACUCGGACAACAAGAACGCGACGUCGACUGCGACGACGGACCCACCGCACAUCCCUCUCUUGGAGAUCCCCUUUGAAGCCUUGGAGCUGAAGCAAAUCCUCGGGGAAGGGAACUUCGGCAAGGUCUAUUUAGCCAUUUACAAUAUCAUCCCCGAAGAAGGGAAAGACCCGGAAUCCUGCAAGGUCGCUGUGAAGUUCCCAAAGGAGGGGAGCAGCGAAGAGCAGAAGCAGGAUAUCCACCGGGAGGCGCAGAUGCUGGCGAAGAUGCGACAUCCCAAUAUCAUCCGACUUCUUGGGAUAGUUAGGAGCCAGACGAUAGGGAUCGUCUCCGAGUUCAUGGCACUUGGUGACCUUAACGGCUUACUCAAGACACGAGGCCCGGAUUCGAGGAUGUUUGGAGGGGAGAGCGGAAGCGAGGCGCAGUUGCGUACACUGGGCAUGGAGGACUUGGUGAACGUUGCGAUCCAGGUGGGGUCUGGUCUCAAGUACCUCACGGAUCGGCACUUCGUCCAUCGGGACCUGGCAACGAGGAAUUGCUUGGUCGGGGAGAACCUCACGGUCAAGAUCGGGGACUUCGGCUUGUCUAGGGAAGUCUAUAGCUCUGACUACUACCGGUUUGGGAACGGGAAGUCGCUACUGCCCCUGAGGUGGAUGCCUCCUGAAAGCAUCAUGUAUCGCACUUUCAGUGUCCAAUCCGACGUCUGGUCCUUCGGAGUCGUCCUCUGGGAGAUCUUCUCGUACGGCAAACAGCCUUGGUUCGGAUGCUCCAACGACGAGGUCCUGCGGCUGGUAAUCAGCGGGCAGGUGCAACGCUGCCCCGAGAACUGCCCUCGAAGUGUCUACAACAUCAUGCUGGCGACCUGGAAAACCAGCCCCGAGAACCGUAUACCGAUAGGGAACGCCCUCGACCUCCUCCACGAGGUGACGAACAACAUCAACAUUUACCUGGAGAUCCAGGCAGGCGUAAUGGAUCUUGACAUCCUGGAGCAGUCCAUAUCCUGAGAACUUUUGGGAAAAGGUGUAUUCAUUCUUAAAUACGUUGCUGACAAAUCCAGGUUUGGAAAUCGUUUGAUCCGUUAACCUCUCAACUUGUUCUCUCUACUUGUAAUUGUUGUUGAAAUGUAUCACCCGAAGAUGUGACGUAAGUUGGCAUAUUUUCCGGGAAAUUCAAAGUAUCCAUUCAACACAGCAAAUUAUAAAAGGCUAAUUCUGUACUUGAAGAGUACAAAAUUUUGUCAUGAGUACUAUACUCUUCUGGGGUGAACAUUUCAUUCUGAGGUGGACAUUUGAGAAAGAAAAGCAUACCCCCAGGUUCCAUUGUGCCCCCAUGAUACUUUUUCUAUUCUCUCAUGUUUUCACAAUAAAUGAGCAUAAAUGCAAAACCUAU